UGGCAUUCGCAUUGACGCAUUCCAUUCAUUCCAUUCAUUCCGAUCCACAGGCAUGUUGAUUGAAUUUUGUUAAUUUUAUAAAUAUUUGAAAAACCUCAUACUUUCAUAUUACCGGCAUUUCGAUUUUCAGUUCCUAUUCUCUUCUUGUAAUUGAGCUGUUUUUAUAGGGGUUCGUCACUUCCCGACUGGUUUCUUUGGGUGAUCGAGGACCGUUUUGUCAAAAUGAGUGACGACGAUUGGGAUGAUGGCAUGACACCACCAAAGAAUGUGGGGGCAAAAGCAACAAGCCAAAUCCAAGAAGCCAAAAAUUUUGAUGAAAACGAUGACGAAGUAUUGCGUUCUUUCGCACCUGGACCCAGGAGCUUCUCCACCAGCAGAUUAGUUGGAAGAGGUAGAGGUCGUAGCAACAGCAACCAGAACAACGGCUUUGCAAAUGAAAAUGGCAAUGACAAGGGAGGCUGGAAACGAGAAGAAGGCCGUUGGGAACAGCAUACUGGAGAGGUCCUGGAAAGUAACGGCUACGAGGGCAGAGGAAGAGGACGAGGACGAGGAAGUGGAAGAGGCCGCGGCGGAGGGCGCAGCUACAGCGAUAACGAGGACAACGAUUUUGACGGUAGAGAAAAUAGGAGCAGAGACAGGGGCAGAGGAAGAGGCCGCGGAGGAUCUCGCGGCGGCAGAGAAGGAAGCACCAUGCGACACAACGACGAUGACAAGAAAGUAGGAGAAGACGGCCAGCCUGAGAAACCCCGAGAAAUUUAUGUGCCAGUGGAACGAGUCGCCGACGACGAAUUGUUCACCACCACGAUAACUUCUGGUGUCAAUUUUAUGAAGUUGGACGACAUCAAGGUCAAUGUUUCAGGGGACGACGUGCCAAAGCCUGUAAAUUCUUUUGCUGCUUCUGGUUUGAGGCCGCAUUUGUUGGAGAACAUAAAAAAGUCUAAGUACAUGAAACCAACACCGAUUCAAAAAUAUGCCAUUCCCAUAAUUCUUGCAGGUAGAGACCUGAUGGGUUGUGCACAAACAGGUUCCGGAAAAACGGCCGCCUUUCUCUUGCCGAUGAUCCACAAAAUCCUGGAAAAGCAAGAUCCGCCAGCGAGAGAAGGCAACACCGCCAUGCCAAACGUGGUCAUAGUCAGCCCUACCAGAGAGCUGACCAUUCAAAUCUACGAACAGGCAAAGAAAUUUUCUUUCAAUAGCGUCGUCAAGACUGUGGUGGUUUAUGGAGGAACCGCCAUUCACCACCAAAGGAAUCAAGUGAACGCCGGCUGUCAUAUUUUGGUGGGAACCCCUGGAAGGUUGAUCGAUUUUUUGCAACGAGGACACAUCAGUUUCAGUGCAAUUGAUUUUUUCGUGCUGGACGAAGCGGACAGGAUGCUGGACAUGGGAUUCUUGCCGGCGAUUGAGCAAAUGUUGAGCCAUCAGACGAUGAGAGCUACGGGCGAACGUCAAACGUUGAUGUUUUCGGCAACAUUCCCCGAAGAAAUCCAGCAUCUGGCCGGCAAAUUUCUACAUAAUUACGCCUUCAUAUCAGUGGGUAUCGUAGGCAGCGCCUCUAGCGAUGUGGAACAGAACUUCUUCCAAGUAACCAAAUUUGAUAAACGCAAGAAGCUGUUGGAAAUGCUAAAAGAUUGCAAAGAACUUACGAUGGUCUUUGUCGAGACCAAAAGAAAUGCUGACUUUUUGGCUACUUUGCUAAGUGAAAAUGAAAUUUCAUCGACCAGUAUUCAUGGUGACCGAUUGCAAAGCCAGCGCGAGGAGGCUUUGUGGGAGUUUAAAAAAGGCAUCCGUAAAAUUUUGGUAGCCACUGGCGUAGCGUCAAGAGGACUGGACAUAGAAGGCAUACAACAUGUCAUAAAUUAUGAUUUGCCCAAAAGCGUGGACGAAUACGUCCACCGCAUCGGCCGUACAGGACGUGUGGGCAACCGAGGAAAAGCCACCAGCUUUUAUGAUGCGUCUCAAGAUCGUCCUUUAGCCGGAGAGUUGGCCAACAUUUUAAAGCAAGCUGGACAAAAUGUGCCCAAUUUCCUGAGCGGUAGUGGUGGUGGUUAUGCUGAUGACGGCGACGAUGGGAAUUUCGGUGGGAGGGAUAUUCGAGGGGAAGAUUAUGGUCGAGGCCAAAACUUCAACAAGCAGCCAGCAGAGGCGGGAGACGAAGAGUGGUAGUGGCCCCAUUUUUAUACCAAAGCUACCAAUCAACAAUAAUAAUAAGAAAAAUAAUUAUGUGUUGGAAAAAAACACAAUCGGAAUAAUAAUUCUUUUUUUCUAGGGAAGAAUAUAAAUAUAUUUUUUUUUUGUAUCAAGAACUCGGAUGAGUUACAAGUAUUAAGAGUAAUCUCGGUAAUUUUAAGAAAAUGACAUUAGUUUUUAAGUUAAAAAAGUUGGAUUUAUGAAUUUGAAUUUAAAGAGUUUGUCAGUAAUUGCCAUAAUUUGUUUAUUUGUUUUGUUUCUAAUUAUUGUGAAAAAUAUUUUAACUUUUUAGGCCCGGUUUAUUCAUCUUCAGAUAAACUUGAUGGUAACUAUCUGCAAGAUAAAUUUACUGUUCUAUAAUAAUUGUAUUGGUUAGUAGAUAACUGGUCGACCAAUGUGAUUUAAGAUUUUGUUUUUAUCAGUCAGAUUGCAUCCUUGACAGUCAGAAGUGUUAGAAAAUUACUGACAAGUGACAUGACAAUACAAUAAUGAGAAGGAAAAAUGACAUACCACAUACACUACAAUUGACAAUUCCUGUUUGUCAUUUCAAAAAGGCGGUUACAUAUGAAACUCGAUUCCUGAAAAAGUUGCUGUCAAUAAUGGCAGUGUAAUAAUAUCAAGUUUAUAAAUUCAACCCAACCUUUUUAUGCCAUAUAACUCCAAUAUCUGUGAUACUUGCUUUUCGAGCGAGCUCAUAUUAUGAAUUAUUGUGUUAUAUGGUCGUAUUUUAGAAUUUAAGAAAUUGAUCAUGUUAAAGUGAGAAACAUAUUUUUAUGGUUAAUAUGUCCGAUUUUCAAGAUAACUAUUGAAUUUGUUAAGUUAAGUUUUUUUCUAGUAUAAGAGAACAAUUUUUUCGUUUUUUAGUUACUUUAUAUUUUUUUUACGUUUGCUAGACAGACCAAUAAAGUUUUUUUUUUAAGUAUUUGUAAUUUUGUUGUUUUAUUUAUUUUUUUCCCAACCUCGUGAACUUUCCUUAAGAAAUAAUUAUUAGGAAACCACUAUUAGUUUCUGUGCUAUUAGUUAGUGCUCAUAGUUUCUUUAAAUCAAACUAAAUAAUUUAUUUAUUUAUACAGAGAAUUAACGCCAUAAGGAAGUUGUUGCGGUACUGGAACAGGUAUUUUAAUUUUUUUCACAAUCGGCACUACUAUUUUUUGUACAACUGGAACUGGAUACGGUCGAGGAACAGGAACGUGCACUUUUUCUACUACUCGAUGAAUGACAGGUACUGGUACUUUUUGAAUCACCGGAUAAAAUCGUGGUACUGGAAUAAUUAUUCUUUGCGGUGGGCUGAAUCCGUAGGGUUGUGGGUUGACUGGCAAUGGUCGAUCAGGAAAGUAAUUGGUGGGUGGUAGCUGGUUGGUGCGGAAGCCAUCAUUAGGGAUUGAUUCGGAAUAAUUGGUGCAACCGGCAAGAAUAAUAAUUGAUAGGAAGAGUAU